AUGAAGUUCAUUAUUGUUUCUUUGGCCGUAAUUGCCGCAGUAUCUGCUCAGCAGUACUCCGAGCAAACCCAACCACCAAUCCCAAUAGUCAGACAGAGCCAGGACGUGGCGCCCGAUGGUAGUUACAAUUACGAAUACGAAACUGGCAACGGUAUCCAGGCUCAAGAAGCCGGAUCAGUGGUAAGCGGUUCAGAAGGACCUUAUGUCGUCGCUCAGGGAGGAUAUCGGUACACUGAUGAUCAAGGUAACACAUUCCAAGUGAGCUACGUCGCCGACGAGAACGGAUUCCAGCCACAAGGUGAUCACCUCCCAGUAGCUCCUCCAAUUCCAGAAGCCAUCCAACGUUCUCUUGAGUACAUCAGAACCCACCCUCAACCACAAGAACAAUAA